AUGGCUAUCAAAUUCGUCCACCACAAAGGGUUCGACAAUAAACCAAGACCUAUCAUCUUCUACUUUACUCCAACAAGAAAAUUGAUCUUCUGUCCGGUGAGCCUAAUAAUUGGUAUAGCUCUUGAUGAUUGCGCUUUUGACGCUCCAAGUGUGGUUGAUGCCUCAAGUGUGAUGAAGGUAAAACCGUUGGGGCCCAUGCAAUGCAUUCUACUGCGGUGGAAAGAGUCAAUGCGGAGGAAAGCCGUGUUCCGACGUAUCAAGGGUGCGGAACUUUCAGAUGGCGAGGCCAUGACUUAUGCUAAGCUCCGUGAUGAUAUGGGUGAACAGAGUCUCAAUGCCGGGUUCGAGGAGCGAUGGACUCCGAAGUUCUGCAAGAGAGGCGCAGGCAAUACUGUGAAUGGCGACGCACUGGAUUCGAUCCGGGAUCAGAUGAUGCGUCAUGAUCCAAACCAGAACGCAUUCCUGGAGAAGGAGAAACAGGUCCAGCUAUUCAAACUCUUCGCCCACGUCAGUAUCUGGCGGGAUCCUCAUGCAGUGAGAGACAUGGUUCCCGAGGAUGUAUGGAGUAAUCUCCCACCAGGCCCCGAGAUCAGCGAGCUCAAAGAGCUACGUGCCAAACUUAAGGGCGGCCAGCAUCGACUUAUCGGUAAUGAGCAUAAAGCCAAGAUCCACCAGCUUACCUAUACCAUCUCCUUGAAGCGUACAAAUCGCAAUAACCUCGUUGUCAAGAAAUAUCGUGAAGACUACUUUCAUAAUGGUCCUAUCCGGGACAUUGAGCGGCAAGCCUAG